ACAGGCUGUGAAUAUUUAGCUGAGUUUAUCCUCUUUGCUAUCCAGCUUCUAACGUUGAUGUGUAGGUGCCGUAACUCUCUCCUGAGACAUGAACACCACAAUGUUUCAGCUGAGGUCGUUUGUCCAUCAGCGGCUGUACACAGCGGCAGAGGAGAUCCUCGGAGAGGUGGAGAAAACCAUUAAGUUAGCUUUGUACGAAGCCGAAGUUAGUCGAUCUAAAGAGGAGGUUGAAAGUCUGCGACACCAGCUAGAGCUUCUCCGAAAGAAACCAGCUGAAGAGCCUUCACUGACUAGCAACACAGUGGAACAUGGAGAUGAGUGUGAUGCCCUGUUGCUGCCGGAGAAAUCAGGACCCUCAACACCAGAAGAGUCUAACUCAAGUGUGAGCGCUGAGGUCCCAGGACCCUCUCAACCCAGCACAGGUCUGGACAAUAAUAACUGGAACUACUGCUUGGUUGAGACGGACUUCAAGAUGUCCGAAAUAAAAGAAGAGCAGGUGGAACUUGGGGGUGACAGUCAAACUCAGAUUUUCUUUCCGUCUCCCGAAAUGGUGAAAAGCGAGCGAGAUCAGCCAGGGACACAAGUGUCACAUGAAAUGCAGCCAGUUUCUUCAGACUGCUCUACAGCUCAGAGUGAUGACGACGACAACAAUGACAGCGAUGAGGAGUUGGUGUACAGCAAUGGAGAACAUACCAAAAUUAUGAAACAGACAGGAAAGAUAUUGCAAGUACAAAGUGGCAGUAUUAAUAAGGAGUGUCAGACAGCAUUGCCUCAUGACAAAUGUUCUGUUAAAAAUGAAAAGGGCCGCAGUUUUUGCCAUUUGUGCGGCAAGGGAUUUCAGUACAUCGGCUCUUUGAUGAAGCACAUAAAAACCCAUGAGAACAAAAGUGAUUGCACUGUUUGUGGGAUGAUGCACCAGUCCACAGAGGAGUUAGUAACACACCUGAAAGGUUAUCACAACAAAACAUAUUUUUGUGACGUUUGUGGCAAGACUUUUGCCAAUAACCGUUGUCUCCGGCUGCAUGAAAGAAUACACACAGGCAUAAAAGAGUUCAUGUGUCAAGAAUGUGGCAAAACAUUUUACAGAAGAGAGCAUCUGAUUGUACACGUGAGGACCCACUCUGGGGAGAAACCGUAUCACUGUGACAUUUGCGGGAAAGCAUUUAGUCAGAGCCAGAACCUUACAAUUCAUAAAAGAAGUCAUUCGGGGGAGAGACCAUAUCAUUGUGGCCUGUGUGGAAAACUUUUUAACACUAGCAGUCACCUCAAAACACACAUGAGAUACCAUUCAGGAGAGAAACCGUACCCUUGUGAUAUUUGUGGUAAAUGCUUUCGCCAAAGUGGACAGAUGACUAGACAUAGGACCACACAUACAGGAGAGAGGCCCUAUGCUUGCCAUGUUUGUGGUAUGAGAUACAGGUUUGCACCUAAUCUUAAGGUGCACCUGCAGACUCAUGAAAAGGCAGCCGCUGAGUGAAAACCAUUACAUUAACCAGACAAGACUAUCUUGGAGCUGGUGCAUGAGUUGGACAAGACAGGUUUACAUGCAUGGCAUAACUCACCUGUUGGCCAUUCUUGAGUUUAUCUACAACUUAUAUGUACCAAAUUUACUGCCAGCCAUUUAACGAAAGCAUAACAUAACUUGUUGUUGUGAUUUAGUACAUGUCAGGUAGCUACUGGCGUCAGUACACGCUGAGGUACUUGAGUCAUCUCACCGGGAACAUUUAGGCCCAAUCCCAUCUCCAUCCUAAAGCCUAAGCCUUGAACCUGAACACAUUAGUCGAAGUCACCUGGUAAGUGUUAGAGGCUGUAAGGGAACAAAACGGUAUAAUGGGACAGCACCGCACUUUUCAACAUAUCAUAUUACCUUUACUACACGAAAACAGUUGUGGCUUUGGGACUUUUUAGCUGACCUUUUUUACUUCACGGCCGAGACAAUGAAGGGGCCGAUCCACGAUCUUGCCGAGUACAUUGAUAAUUUGAAAAUGACCUUUGGACAAGAGGUCAUUUUCAAAUAAUCAGUUUACUUGUUCAAAACGACAUACACAAAAAAUCUUCUUUUUUCUUCUAGUUGUUCCUUCCAUGUUUGUUUAGAUUAUUUUUUUUUUAACGCCGGCUUGCCUUGGUAACCCUGUGUUUAACGUCACAACGCUAUGAACUGUGGGUAAUUCCUUCAGGCAACGGAAAGUGAACGCGCCUCAGAGUCCGUGAGUAAGGAGAUUGGGAUUUAGCCAGUCACCUUUUUCUAUCUGCAGAUUGAAGUUGCCAGGCAGUACUGUCAAGGAAAUUUGCUGAGGUUAUUACGUUUCAUGAACCAAUUAGAAUCAUAAAGUUGUAAGUUGUCCCACAUUUAAGGCCCUGGAUACCCACACAGGUGUUAACUGGUCAGAGACGUUUGCUGUCGUUGAUCAGACCUCUGUUUAGGAAUCACAGCUAAAUUGUCCGUUUUAACGAGUUUAACAAAACUAAAUGACUUCACGAAUUGACCCUGCUUUUUUCACUUAUUGCAGAGUUCAAUCUGAUUGGGAAAUUGCAAGGCCAGUUUGAGAGGGGUUGGGAUUGACCUCUUAUUCAGCAGCUAUUGAUAACUGCACAGUGAAAUAAUACAAGCAGUUAAGGAGGGCCGCUGCUUAGCUAAUAUAUAUAAUAUACAACUUUGUGGACUGCUGCUGUUAGCCCGCUAUUUUGACGAACUCCGGUCUGACUGCACCAUGUGUGGGUGUACAGGGCUGACAGGCGCAACAAAACUAACGCGAGAGUCACACAGGUUCUACUCCAACUGGACUGAACACUCAAACACAGUGAUGAGGUUGGGUCUGAUCAAACAGUUCUUGAGAUUUAACUGAAAUUAACAAUCUUAAGAGAUUCAUUAUUAACCGAACAUCCGAGUUCAGUUAUAUUGAAAAUUGCCUUAUAGGGCACUACAUGUUAUCUGUAUUAUGUGUGACCACGGAGUAACUUUUUUACAUUUAAUUCGACAGACCCUUUUAGCCAAAGUACUUUACAUGUUUUAUACUUCCACACAUUGGGAGAGAUUUGGUGUCUGCCUGCUCAAAAACUCAACAUAUGGAUAAGGGGAGCGAUGCAGACAACGAGUAAAGAGUAAGCCAAAUGACAGAACAUCACUGUCCACCUGUAUCGGUCCAUCUUUAGAUUAAAUGUGACAUAACUGAUGACCCAGCAGCAGUACUCAUCGUAAGUGUUGACACAACAUUGGAUACCCAUCUGUGACAAUGUGAAUGUUCAGCUGUGAUAUAUUUUUAUAAGUGAGAUUAAUUUUGAAUAACAGUUGGAGGAGCGCCUUUUAUUUGUUAUUUAUGUAUGUUCAUAAAUCCCUUCAGGUUUCUGUUUACAUGACUUAGACUGCUGGAAUAUGUUGGCAUUUAUCAAAACGGUUAACUAAUUCCUGUUCGUAAAACCAGUUUCACUUUGAGCACCACCUCUGUAGCUCUUGUUUUUCACAUUUUAUGUAUGUAUUUUUGUACAUUGUUCUGUGUAAUGUCUUCUUAUGGUGAAAUCAGAUUUCCACACAUAAAGUUUAAUAUACUGUUA